AUGCCGGGCUUCGACUACAAGUUCCUGGAGAAGCCGAAGCGGCGGCUGCUGUGCCCGCUGUGCACCAAGGCCAUGCGCGAGCCCGUCCGCGUCUCCACCUGCGGCCACCGCUUCUGCGACACCUGCCUGCAGGAAUUCCUCAGCGAGGGGGUCUUCAAGUGUCCAGAGGACCAGCUGCCCCUUGACUACGCCAAGAUCUACCCAGACCCAGAACUGGAGGCUCAGGUCCUGAGCUUGACUAUCCGGUGCAUACACAGCGAGGAGGGGUGCCGCUGGAGCGGGACCGUCCGCCAUCUGCAGGUGCACCUUGGGACGUGCAGCUACAACGUGGUGCCCUGCCCCAACCGCUGUGGGGCCAAACUGAGCCGCCGGGACCUCCCGCCCCACGUGCAGCAUGACUGCCCCCAGCGCCACCUCAAGUGCGAGUUCUGCGGGGCCGACUUCACGGGGGAAGCCUAUGAGAACCACCAGGGCCUCUGUCCCCAGGAGAGCGUCUACUGUGAAAACAAGUGCGGCGCCCGGAUGAUGCGGCGGCUGCUGUCUCAGCACAUGCUCUCCGAGUGCCCCAAGCGGACGCAGCCCUGUGGCUACUGCAGCAAGGAGUUCCUGUACGACACCAUCCAGAACCACGAGUAUCAGUGCCCGCGUUACCCCGUGCCUUGUCCGAACCAGUGUGGGGUGCCCAGCAUCGCCAGGGAAGACCUCAGCGGGCACUUGAAAGAGAACUGCACCACGGCGCUGGCGCUCUGCCCCUUCAAGGAAGCUGGCUGCAAGCACCGGUGCCCCAAGCUCUCCAUGAGCCGCCACCUGGACGAGAGCACUAAGACGCACCUGGGCCUGAUGUGCGCCCUGGUGGCUCGCCAGCGGCAGGAGCUGGGGGACCUCCGCCGCGAGGUGGAGGAGCUGGCGGUGGGCAGCGAGGGCGUCCUGAUCUGGAAGAUCGCUGACUACGCCCGCAAGCUGCAGGAGGCCAAGGCCCGGAGCAACUUUGAGUCCUUCAGCCCUCCCUUCUACACCCACCGCUACGGCUACCGGCUCCAGGUCUCGGCCUUCCUCAACGGGAACGGCAGCGGCGAGGGCAGCCACCUCUCGGUCUACAUCCGCGUGCUCCCCGGCCAGUACGACAACCUCCUGGAGUGGCCCUUCGCCUAUCGGGUCACCUUCUCCCUCCUGGACCAGAGCGACCCCUCGCUCUCCAAGCCGCAGCACAUCACUGAGACCUUCUUGCCCGACCCCAACUGGAAGAACUUCCAGAAGCCUGGGGUGGGGCGCACCUCCCUGGACGAGAGCCUGCUGGGGUUCGGGUACCCCAAGUUCAUCUCCCACGAGGACAUCAAGAAGCGCAACUAUGUGAGGGACAACGCCGUCUUCAUCAAGGCCUCGGUGGAGAUCCCCCAGAAAAUCAUCUCCUGAGCCCCUUCCUCCUCAGAAAGACUGGAUUAAAUCAGUUCACUGCUUUG